AUGCUCUGCAGCGCGAGGAGGGGUGCUGCGCUGCUCAAUCGCGAGCUGCGAGCCGAGUGCCACGCUGGACACGCCCGCCGCUGCUUCUCGUCGACUCGCCCCGUCGCCCGCAAGCCUGAUCCCGGCGCACCCAAACCGCCGUACAACGUCCUCUUCUUUGGCGCAGACUUUUUCAGCUGUGCGGUCUUGAAAGAACUGUGGGAGGCUGGGUCAGACUUGAUCGGCAAGACGGUCGUGGUCGUGCCGCCUGAGCAGAAGACGGGACGGAAAGGAGCGCAGACAUACGUCCCUCCUCUGAAGACGCUCGCGCAACAGCUCGACUUUCAGGUCGAGGAGGUCCCUCCUGCAGAGCUGAAGGAGUGGGUGAUCCCUCGACCAUGGCGAACAACAACCGGCUCGCAGAUUCCCGACUCGGAGAACGUCAUCGUCACCGCCUCGUACGGCCACAUGCUGCCCCUCGAAGUCCUCAAUAAAGUCCAGCAACUCAACGCUCUCAACGUCCACCCUUCGAUUCUCCCGCGGUGGCGAGGAGCGGCGCCGAUUCAGUAUGCAAUCAUGAAGGGUGAUGCAGACGGUGUCAACUCGGGCGAGGGAGAGCAGCUGGGCGUGACGGUGCAGGAGUUGAGUCGCGGCGCGUUCGACAAGGGUCGGAUUCUGGCGCAGAAGGCGGUGCCCUCACCGGUCUCGCAACCCGGCUACUUCACACUCGAAAGCCACCUCGCCCGCGAAGGCGGCCUCCUCCUCGUCGAUGUCCUCCGCAACUUCCACGCACGACAGCUCGCCGCAUCGCCGCAGGACCCGGACAAGGCGACGCUCGCACCGAAGAUCACGAAGGAGGUCGCAAACAUCAAGUGGAACUUGCAGUCGGCGAGGGAGAUUGAGCGGUUGAACCGGGCUAUCGGUCACCAGGAACCCCUGCGCGGCCACUACGUCUCGCCGUCGACCGCCGCGAUGAUCACCGUCCAGAUGCGCCUCUCGCGCAACAUCUACCCGCUCCCCGACCAACUCAAGGACGCUCUCCCCGGCGUCGUCUUCUACGACAAAGCGCAGAAACUCGUCCUCGUCCGCUGCGCCGACGCGGAGGAGGCGGUCGCAAUCGACCAGAUCAAGAAGGACAGCGGCAUCUGGGUGUUUGGGAAGGACUGGUACAACGGGAUCAAGAAGCUCGAUGGGCAGCAGUUGCUCUUUGACACGGACGAGUGGGGCUACCGCCCUUCUGUGGGCUGGCGGAAGAAGGACUGGAAGAAGGACGUCAAGAAGCCCGAGGCUCCGCCACCGCCUCACCCUGUUCCGCCUCAUCUCCGCGAUCGGCCGCUCCCUCCUCACCUGCAGAACUCGCCGGCCGCGUGA